UCUCUCGCCGAUACCAUCACCAACCCAAGCAAAGCCGCCCCUUUUCUGCUUCUGUUCUCUUCUCCUUUCCUUGGCGACGAGCGCCUGGCCGGGCAAGCAAAGGCCGGAAGACCGAGAUGGCGAUGCAGGCGGGGAUCUCGUCAUCCAAAGUCCUCGUUCUCGUUGGUGCAGGUCUGACCGGUUCGAUAAUCUUAAGGAAUGGCCGGCUGUCUGAUGUAUUGUUGGAUCUUCAGGAACUUAUGAAAGGCGUUAACGAUACAAAUGUCUCUUCGAACUACUACGACUCUGCUCUUCUUGCAUCUCAGAUUAAGCAUUUGGCUAAAGAGAUCAGGGAUUUGACAAUAUCUCGACCGGUUACCAUAGUCAAUGGUGACACUACUACUGGGGGUUUAACAUCCUACAUAAUGCCUGCUGCUGCAAUUGGAGCAUUGGGGUACUGUUACAUGUGGUGGAAGGGAUGGUCCUUCUCUGAUGUCAUGUUUGUCACAAAACGGAAUAUGGCCAGUGCUGUUGCAAACGUGUCGAAACAACUAGAGCAAGUAUCUGCAGCUCUAGCUGCAACAAAAAGACACCUAACCCAGAGGCUUGAAAACUUGGAUGGGAAACUGGAUGAGCAGAAAGAAAUGUCUAAAUGUAUUAUGAAUGAGGUUAAUGAGGUUAAAACUGAUCUUUCUCAAAUUGGAUUUGAUAUUGAAUCGAUUCAGAACAUGAUAGCUGGACUGGAAGGAAAGAUUGGACUUCUUGAAAAUAAACAGGAUAUGACUAAUGCAGGUAUAUACUAUCUAUGCCAAUUUGCUGGGGGCAUUAAAGAUGGACUGAAUGGAAAAUUCUUUCAGGAAGCUAGUGAGAAACUUCAGUUUACUCAGUCUUCAAUCACCUUUUCUCCAGAUGAAUCAAUCAAGGGCUUACAAUUUAUUGCGGAAAAUAUCAAAGUAGGAGAGGCAGAUAAACUGAAGCCAAUGACUAUUUCUCAAAAAGAUACGCAGGAGAAACCGAUGAAAACAACGAUCCUGAGAAGUACAACAAUUCACAGAUCAUUCCCUGGUGGUAUUUCCCAUAGGAAAGACGGGAUUGCUUUAUGAUCUGCAAUGGACUCGCAACAGUUUUGAUUAAUGUUACAAGUUUGCAAGUGUUCCUCAGCUUGGUGACAGCGUGUAUGAUGUGCUCCACAUCAAAGGUAUCCGCUAAGUGGACUAGAAGAUACCUGUGACACCAAUUCUUGUCUAUUUGUUGUACCAGUUAUUUACAACUUGAAAAUAAGAUGUAAAUAUACAUCUUAUUAUUAACCA